AUGACAAGCAUGUCAGACCUUCUGGAUGGCAUUGUGGGGCAAUGCCAGUCACUCACACUUCUCUUAAUCUCUGCAGUUCUUCACAGGCAAGCCUCAUCUUUUAUAUACCUGGCCAAGCAGAAUUCCCUGCAGGUGCUCCUCCGGGACCCCAGGGGCUGCGAGGGCCUGAUGGGGCUGGUAGAAGAGCAGGUUCGUGUUUGUCAGUGGGAGGUGGAAGCCAUGGAUGCGGUGAGGCGAGGCGCGGAGCUGGCUGUUGAGGAGUGCCAGCACCAGUUCCACUCCCCGUGGUGGAACUGCUCCACGCUGCAGGGGCUGCAGGUCUUUGGCAAGGUUGCCAUCCAAGGAACAUGGGAGUCUGCUUUCAUCCACGCCAUCGCCGCGGCCGGCAUUGCCUUUGCUGUCACUCGCGCCUGCAGCCGUGGGGAGCUGGAGAAGUGUGGCUGCGACCGCAAGGUCGGAGGAGUCAGCCCCGAAGGUUUCCAAUGGUCAGGCUGCUCUGAUAAUCUGUUUUAUGGGAUUACCUUCUCUCAAGCCUUUGUAGACAACCCUGAGAGGAGCCGCGGCGUCUCCUCCAGCCGAGCGCUCAUGAACCUGCACAACAAUGAGGCUGGGAGGAAGGCUCUCCUGGCCCACAUGAAGGUGGAGUGCAAGCGCCACGGCGUGUCAGACUCCUGCGAGGUGCGCACAUGCUGGAAGGUGAUGCCUCCCUUCCACAAGGUGGGCAACAUCCUCAAGGAAAAGUUCGAGGGAGCGACGGAGGUUUACCCCAAGCGGGUUGGUUCUUGCAAGCUCCUGGUGCCCAAGAGCUCUCGCUUCAAGCCCUACACAGCUCACGACCUGGUCUACCUGUUGGCCAGCCCAGACUUCUGCGACCGGGACCCCCUGCAUGGGGUCUUUGGCACCUCAGGCCGCCAGUGCAACCGGACCUCGGCGGCCAUGGAUGGCUGUGAUCUCCUGUGCUGCGGCAGGGGCUUCCGCACAGCCCAGGCUGAGGUGGUGGAGUGCUGCAGCUGCGAGUUCCGCUGGUGCUGUGCCGUCAAGUGCAAGCAGUGCCGGCACUUCGUGGAGGUGCACCGCUGCCGCUGA